AUGUCCUCAGAGGCCGAUCUGCGGGAGCUCUUCAAUGCCCAUCAGUUAUACACAUCCAACAAGCUCACUUCGGCCGAGCUGUUUGAUGCAGUCAGCAAGCACACUGCGGAGAUGACUACCGAGAGAACGGCAUGGAUGCGGCAUGCAGACUCACUUCUGGAGGCGGAACUGAAUGCAGAUGGAAUGGUUGCUUGGCCUGAGCCCCCGUAUUCCCCUGCCGCUUCCACGGUUGCCGCCGCCAGCGGCUCUGGUGGGAAGAAAGGGAAGGAAAGAGAGCAGGUGCCUUCUCUAGGCGACGCGCAGCGUGCUCGAGAAGUAGAGCGAGCCAGGCCCAAGGAGCUCUGGGCCGAAAGGAACAAUUCAGUUGAACAGCACCGCAGCGAGGGCUCCAGUGUUGUGGGCCAACCAUGUGUUGCUAUGGCGGACGACCUCAUCAUUGAAGGGCAAGAGAAGAGCGAUAAGACGGGCAAGAUGGUCGUAAAAAGCCUGAUGCGCGACUUUUCGCGUCUUUACCGGGAAGCAGUGAUGGCGAGCACGUCCGAAAAUAAGAAGACGAGCGCUGUCCAAACGAAAGCAAAGCCUGGCGUCACGCCGGGGAACACUCUCAAGAGCACUCCUGUCGCCACCAGUGAUGACGAACCUAUGGAUCUCACUUCAGACGCUGCGGACAGUGAGGCCACACGACCCGACACUCUUUGCAGCGAGUCCCACAAGUUAGAAGAGUACUACGAGCCUGUCAAGAUGAAUGCACAGCGUCAGGAGUCCAUCGACCUCGCGCUCUUCCAGCUUGUUGUCUGCGCCACUCUCCCCUUUGCCUUUGUCUCGAACCCGUGGCUUGACAAGAUUACCAACCAGCUCAGUGAUUUCACCCUUGUUCUUGAAGACUUCCUGAAAGGCCGAGAGCAUCUCACGCUCUCGUUCAACGGCUGGUCUUCACGUCGCGUUUUCAAUGGCGUCUCGGUCACUGGAAAGGCUCUUCUCAAGGUUAUUCAGCAGCGGAUCUUUGCGCACUUCAACCCGACCAUGUUCAGCGCUGUUGCUGGGGAUGGUGGCCCUAAUGUUCGCUUGGGAAAGCAGCUUCUCGUUCGGAUAUCGCCUUGGAUCAUCAAUGUCUACGACCCGUGUCAUAACAUCAAUCUGCUGUUGAAGGAUAUCGGUACGCUGUUCAAAGAAACUCUGAAGGUUGUAUCUGGCAUCUCAAACUUCUUUGCCUCGUCCAACCUGAGCACCGCUCGCCUUGAUGCAGAACGAGCUCGUCGUGGCAUUGCAACUGGCAUGAAGUCAGCCUCCGAAACUCACUUUGGCUCAACGUUCAUCCAGGCGACUGCUCUUCAGCGAUGCAUCCCCGCAAUUGAGGCCUGUGUAAAGGCUGGGACAAUCUCGUUCAACACAAAAGCGUCAAAGAAGUUCAAAAAGUACUUCACACCCGGUCCGGCUCGCUAUAACCUCAACAAAGUGCUCGACUCGGUUGUCGCUUUGCUCGAAGCAGGUGCAAACGGCAUCACUACACUCAAAGGGCAGAAUACUACCUGCGCAGAGGAUCGUGGUCUGACAACGCACCGUUCUGAUGUCAUCGCUCUCUACAACAAACGCUUCCUGUCGAUGAUGACUGAGUCGUCAAACUUCAUCUUCUUGGUCGGCUAUGUCCUGCACCCUUUCUACUUUGUUCAUGUCAACCAAAUGCCUCCUCUACUCAAGUGUGUUGCCCAGUCAAUGCUCGCUAUCCUCAUGAACGACCAAGGUCGCACCGCAUCUGGUUCCGAGACGCAGGCACUCAAACUUGUCGAGCAAUUCAAGUGCUGGAUUCUCGGUGUCACGCCUUUUCACGCCCGUGAGAAUCAACUACAUGGUGAUUCCCCGCAGCAGUACUGGAAACCUCUGCGUGGGACGAAAUCUGGUGCCAAUGUCAUUGCUCUGGUUGCCAAGAUUGUCUUCUCAAUCAUGCCCUCUGAGAUCUGUGACGAGCGUAUGGCGUCACUACUUGGUUGGAUGAACUCGGCCCGACGAAGCUCAAUAGCGCCAGAGAAUCUCGUCGCAUGCGCGCAGCUGUCACAGUGGUACAAGUUUGGGCUCACUGAGGGUUCAUACAAGCCAGCUACAAAGGUUCGAGUCUCCAAGGCCGCCGUCAGCUCCCAAUCCACCCUCUUGUCGGCACCAACCCUCAUGGAUCUUGUCAAUGAAGAGGACAUCAAUCCGCAGGAUGUUGAUCGUGAAGCCCUCGAGGAGGCGCUCUUCAACCAACCGGAUCCGUACGACCUCGAAGAGACUGCAAGAAUGAAUGCAACCAUAUCCAGCGACCCUACCCGGGAGUCUCAUCUCGUUCCUUUCCAGGUGACUACACGCACCUCGACACGCUGGGCCAUCACGGACUAUGUCAAGCUCGAUAGUUCGGCGCUUAAAAGCCUCGUUUUCGACGACGACAAGUCCUCAAAGCCCGACGCAAGCAAGGCAACAGCCUCGGAGGCCAUGGUGGCAGACAAGAAGACGUGGAGCGUCGAUGAGAUGUGA